AUGGCCGAACUCCCUACUCCUCCAGCAUCCCGCCAGAGCUCUGAAUCACCACCGGAGCUUCAGCUCAAACAGUCUCACGAGGCCGAGUCCUCUGCCAAAGCCUCACAAUUGCUGGACCACUCUCUGGAAAGAUAUCUUCUACUACUGGAUCGGCAUCAGAAACUGCAGACAGAUCUCGCCAAACAACUAUCUUCGGGAUUCUUCUCCCUUGCGCAUGCCAAUUACACUUGUCCACCCGGUCGACGAUAUGGCGCUGACUACUAUGACGAGCGUAUGAAGGCGAUCAGGAAAAUGACAAUACAAUUUCCUCCAUGCACCGAAAAGAAAAAGACCGUGAAUGGAGCUGAGGAUGUCCCCCAGGGAGAGUGUCAACUGGACAACUACAGGCAGAUCUUCUCGAUUGAUGAGACUACGAACAACCAGCGAGUCGAGGUGCCAGAAACGAGUAAAGGCGAGGAAGCGGCCGAGUCGGAAGUCGAUAAUACGCGACAAGUUGAUCCGAGUGCAACUUCAGACUCCGACUCUUCCAAAGAGCGUUCUCGCUUUUCUGACCCUAUCCAUUGGUACGGGAUCUUGGUUUCCCCUUCUCUUCGCAGCGCUCAAACGUCUUUCACGGAAGCUGUAGAGCAAUGUUUGCCCAAGCUGGCCAGUGUGGUUGUGGAAAUGCGGGCUGUGGAGAGAGAGGUCGACCGACUGCGAAGUCAACUACGAUGA